UGAAAGCCAUGCACGACAUAAGGCUCGCGUUCUUUUCUCAUUUCUAGAGUUGUAUUGAUACAAUUACGAAAUAUUUAUAAAGGGAGGAAAUUAUUUGGGUAGUGUGUGGCGUACUAUAUACAAAAAAAGUGUCUCUAUUACCUGCAGUGUGGCUCGGUCGUCGUGAUACUUGCUUUGCUUUGCCUAGGAUGCAGGACGGGACGCCCAAAAGAGUGGUGGUGAUUCAAGUACUCUUUGUUGUGGUCCAUGCAAAGCAUCGACGAAAGUCUCAUAACUGUCACGAAGUAACAGGAGAUGGAAACCAGUGUACCGCAGUGAGGAAGACUUCUGGUUGCUCAGCCACCCCUGUCCGCCGCCGCCGCUGCCACCGGCCCGCCAGACGCUCGUCGCCCCGCCGUUCCACUGGUCGUCGCCCCACCAGCCGCCGGACCCAGCCACCCGCCCUUUUGCCUGUCACCCGCCGCCGCGCCGCGCCACAGCCACCACCCUCUGCUGGCUGCCACACCGCGCCGCGACGCGAAGCUCCUCCCGGUAGCGGCCUCGCCAUGUCAAGCCACGUCCCUGCUGUUCACCACUCCUUUGGCCGCCGCAACGUUACGCUGUCUCCACACACUGGGCGUCUCUCCAGCUGCCACGGCGUUCCCGCUUCUCGCUCGCUGUCUCACCAUGCCCAGCCAUCGCCACACCUUACCUGGCUGCUCCUCCAGCGACGCCAGCCGCCUCUCCAAUGACAUCAGACACCACGCUAAGUGCGCCCACAACACAUGUGGAGAUGCGACAGAGUAAACACGAGCAACGGUGGGCCGGGCAAUCGUUGGCCUUAGCUGCCCUGUUACUUGGAGAUUGCUUUGCCCCUGGCCUGUAACUUCUCUGUCUGGUUCUCCACUCACGCUCUGUUCCUGCUCUUCACUUAACGCCGUUCCUGUUCUUCACUCCACUCAACUGUUCCAGCUUCACCCUCACGUAACUUGGAUUACUCCCGUGAUCGUGUGUACGCCCCUUGUGAAUAAUCCCUACUGUAUGCGUUUCCUCUCGAGUACGAUACAACUAGUAUGUUCACCUCUGUGUGUUACGUAUGGUGCACGUUUUCUCCAUGGCGAACGAUUGCCCGGCCCACUGCUGCUCGUGUUUACUCGGUCGCAGUACGUGUUUACUCGGUCGCCGAUACACACACACACCGCAGCUAAGUUCAGCCGGCCGCUGUCCUUCACUCAUCACGGGCCACCUACCAGUUCUUCGCUGCGCCGCUACCGCCGCCGGUUACAACCCAGCUAUCCUUUACUCGUCGCCGCCGCCAACACCGCCGCCAUGCUACAUCAGUGUCUUGGCACCGCCAAUGCAUCUCGCCUCACUCGCUACAUGGCUUCAUCAUCACAGUUUCCACACCGUCGCUAGCUCCACGCCCAGUAGACAUACUGACAACAGGCACCGUUCCAAGCUGCCUGUUGAGCCAUAACCAGAUGUUUACAAUUGCGCACCACCAUGCUGGCCUAUGCUGCGCUGCCCUCGGCCCUGCUCUACGCCACGCUGCAACUGCCAAGCCCUUCACAUCCAGUCUUACUCUAGCAAGCUCCACAACAAGACACGGCACGCAUCUCAACGUCCAAGCUGCCAGAGGCGACACAACGCUCUGACACCGUCUAAUCUAAAAAGCUGGUCAAUCCUGACACAUCAGGCAGUCGCGAUCCUCACCGCACCACGCUGUCACGAUCAACACAACCGCUGCUCACCGUCACAGCUACCACGCUUGACGACCUCUUCAGCACAACGGACGUACGGCUCAGCAUGUAGCACGAGACACCGAGACCUGACGCACAAGCACGGAAGCCACACCACGAACACCGGGACAGUAACAGCAACAUUUCGUUCCUUCUCCCUCGUCACUAGAGGGGUAGCAUUGUAUUGUGCCCUUAAACUCAGUAGUAGUACUACUAGGAGGAGUAAUCAGUAGUAGUAGUUAUCAUCAUCAUCAUGCUUUAUUAUGUAAUACAAGUAUAAAAGAAUGUUGUAGUCAUAACAUAUUUUUGGUUGAUAAUAUCAGGCACUAAUGAUUCAGUAAGUAAUGCAUACAUGAGGUGAUAGAUGCUAUGAACCUUAAAUAAUAACUCUUAACGAAAUAGUUACAUAUUAAAAGUAAAAACUCUUAACGAAAUAGUUACAUAUUAAAAGUAAAAACACAAAAACUUCCCUCCAAAUUAAUGGUUUAUUGCCAAAAUACAUUCAGUAGUCCCUCUUUCGGGUAGUAAUAGCAGUAGUAAGAAGUACAGUACUACUAGUAUUAUUAUAUUAUAUUAGUAGUAUACUAGUAUAUUAUUAUGAAAGUGGUAGAAGAAACUCAGGCUGACCCAGGAGCACUUUAUUACAUACACACUCUAACGUCGUCUUUUGAAGACGACGUUGUCUACCACCCUCAUCACUCUCAUCUGUCCAAGACACUAGUAUUCCUAGUAUGUUAUUUAGAAGUAGUACCAGUAUUAUUUUUAGUAGUAGUCUCUUAUUAUUAUUUAUUAAUUGUAGUAGUACUAGUCUUUCCCCUCCCUCUCUCUCUCUCCCCCUC